GAUUCUCUUGAUCCGGAAAUUGCCUUCCAGAUGGCUGUCGGAAAUUUGGACUUCUAUACCGGCGAAACCGUGGGCAACUUUGACGUUGACAAAUUUCGAGUAGGUCUUAUACCUGAACCAUGA